AUGUUGAUGGUUCUGUGUGUGUUUAGGUUUGAGAGCACGGUGCGGAUCUCCAAGCUGCAGGACCUGGUGAACCGGAGCAAGAUGGCGCGCUGCAGAGGGCGGUUCGUCUGCCCCGUCAUCCUCUACAACGGAAAGCACAUCUGCCGGUCGGCCACGUUGGCAGGUUGGGGGGAGCUGUACGGACGGACGGGAUACAACUACAUCUUCUCAGGGGGCAGCGACGACACCGGGGCAGAACCAGAGGAGCUCCCAGAGGACGACGGCGCAGUCAGGAACGGAGACUCGCAGCUCUUUGACAAAGUUCGAGGUCACGACAUCAAGCUGCUGCGCUAUCUGUCGGUUCGCUACAUCUGUGACCUGAUGGUGGAGAACAAGAAGGUCAAGUUUGGCCUGAACGUGACGUCUUCGGAGAAGGUGGACAAGGCCCAACGCUACGCAGACUUCACCCUGCUCUCCGUGCCUUACCCAGGUUGUGAGUUUUUUAAGGACUACAAAGACAGAGAUUACACGGCGGAGGGGCUGGUGUUUAACUGGAACCAGGACUUUGUGGACGCUCCUCUGACGAUCCCUCUGCGCUUCUCUCAGAACUUGAACAUCGACUGGACCCGGUACCAGUCGUGGGACCUGGUGGAGCAGACCCAGAACUACCUGAAGCUGCUUCUCCACAUCAUCAACAGUGAUGAUGACAGCGGGCUCCUGGUGCACUGCAUAUCCGGCUGGGACCGGACGCCGCUCUUUGUCUCCCUCCUCAGACUCUCGCUGUGGGCAGAUGGAGCCGUUCACGCCAGCCUGGAGCCUGCCGAGAUCCUCUACCUGACCAUCGCCUACGACUGGUUUCUGUUUGGUCACAUGCUGCCGGAUCGUCUCUCCAAAGGGGAAGAGAUUUUCUUUUUCUGCUUCAAUUUUUUGAAGCACAUCGUCUCGGAGAAGUUCUCAGCCGUUCGGAAACAGAGGAGGAAAAACUCCACCUUCAAAGAUGGCGACUUCAGCGUGGAGGACAUCUGCCAGCUGAGGUCCAGGGACCGCGGCAGCAUCACCAGCCUGAGCAGCGACUUCUCCCUCAUCACCGAAGAGCCGCCUGCCGCCUCCAGCACCGACACCAUGGACCCGUUCUCCAGCCAAUCCCAGGCCUCCAGCUGUUUGUGGUUGUUACCUCUGUGUGUCAGGUUAGCAGCAGACUGCUCCAGAUCAGCUUCCUCCCUGUCCACAGACUAUGGAAGCUGGCAGAUAGUUUCCGGAUGCGGCAGCAUCCACGACCACGGCCACUUUUCUCAGCCGAUGGCCUCGCUUUCCUCCAACUCUUCUGCUGUCACCUCUGCCUUCGAUUCCCCGCUGCCCUUCAGUUUCCAGGACGAGGGCCCCAGUGGGCGGACGUGCUCCCUCCCUUCGGAGCGGCAGGCUCGGCUGGAAGCGGUCCGGGAGAUCUUCCUAGCGGCCUACAGCUCCACGGUGGGUCUCAGGUCUUCGGCCCCCAGCCCUUCCGGCGCCAUCUCCGGCCUGCUGGAGCAGUUUGCCCGCGGGGUCGGCCUUCGAGGCAGCAAUGCCAUCGUCUGAAGUCCUUGGGUGUGACUUCCCCAUUUAGCCCCCACCGUCCAUCAGAUCAGGGGCCGGAUGCAUAAAACAGGUUGUGAUGUAAUGAAGAAGGAAGUCUCGCUCAGAAAUUCCACGUUUUGUGAAACUGUACACUUUGUUUUUCAUGUUUAAAGCCGUCUUUGCUUGGGGCUCAGAAUGAUGGUCCCUGGCGAAUGACGGUCAGAUGUGACCGUUUAAAGCCGUGAAUCUAAAUGUCUAGUAAAAAUCUCCCUGGUUAAUUUAAAGGCUUUUUUAAAAUCACAGUUUUGUUUCCAGUCAGGCUGAAAUCAAAGGUUAAAACGGAGACGAUGACGGAGGAACCAGAGCUCCUGAUCUGGCUGCAGACCAAGUGCCAAACAUGUCGGGCUGCAGCUUCAUCCUUCAUAUGUUCUGCUGGAGCUCAGCUGCUCCGGUUUCAUUAUUUCAGGGAGAGAUUCAGUUUCCUCCGCUGUGAUGAAAAGGGAGAUGACAGUUUUUAAUCUUUCUUAAUAUUUUCCUUUCCUUAUGCUGCUAUUGUUUGUUUCUCCGGUGUAGCGGACGGCGUGGCGCUGGAGCCCACGUUAGAGUUACAGCACUUUGAAUGACCCCACGCAUUUGGCUGCAUUCAAUCAGGAAGAAGUUCAGUCUCAGUAGCUCUGCAUUAAGAUGAUGAAGGUAAAUGUCUCGGUUCUGGCCGCUGCACCAUGAGUUCAAACUGAACAGUUCAGCAUAGUUUGGUUCCUGAGUUCCAGUCUGGACAGACCAACAUGAGCCCAGCAUCGGUCCAGUUUGACAGCAGGACACGUUCACUGAAGGGACGGCCUUAUCAGAACGGGUUACGUUACUUAUCCCCAUUCGUCCAGGUCGGCGUUCAGGGACAGUCUGGAGAACUAUCCAGAAUCCUACAUUUGUUGGUCAGCCUACGCCCCGCAGAGCUCAGGGUUUAUCUUCACAAACACCGCAUGCCUUCCUUCAUGUCGGACUCAGCUGGCGGUUCUUCGGCUCGCCUACUUCUGAACAAUCCUUCCUCUCCUGGCGGAUCCGUGUCGGUUGACGCUUGAAACGCCGUUUCACCUCAGGGCCUUUCGCUGUGCCUUUUUUUAAAGCUCUGCAUUACUUCCAGGACAUCUCUGCUCAUUCUGAUUUUUGCUUUUUACUCUUGGGGUCUUCCAGCCGAUGCCAGAAAAAGGUCCUUUCACAGAAACGGGUAGAUGAUGCAGGAAUGUGGCUGGGCGGCAUCGGCUCGCUCCAUCGUGGAUCGAACAGACAUGAAGCAGCUGCCUCUGGGUCUGGCAGACGUUCCUCUUUCUAUAACAGAACAAUCAGUCUUCAUUUCUAUGAAUCCAUGUCUGGGUUCCAUACAGAUUCAGCUUUGUUUAGCAGCGGAAAUAAGGGCGUCUCUUUCAGCUCCUGCCGGGCAGCUGGAAGCAGGCAAUCAAAGGAUGCCUUCAGAACCAGAAAAAUGAGGAAAUAUCACUCAAUCUGAGCUGCCGUCCACAUUCACUGUCGGCUUUUCAUCACGUCUUCCCCAACACGUCGGUUAAAGCGCCGCGUUGCACUGCUUCCAUUUGCUCUACUUGUUUUGUUUCUUUGUACAGAUUUUGCUUUUAAAGGAGGUCUACCUGUUUUUUUUUUUUUGUUCUUUUUUUGAGGUUGUAUGUUGCUUGUUGUCAGGUGACAGGUUAUGCUAAAAGCUGAGCAAUUCUCAAUAAAGAAACCUGAUUGAA